AUUUAUUUGUUCAUAAAUUAUUUUUGCCGCAAAAAUCUUGUGUUCCCUUGUUCCUCGGUUGUUGUAUAUUUUCAGUCGGAAUUUCAAUUUGUGUUUUUUCAGUUAAAAUAAUUUUUGUAUCGCUUUAAGCUAAAUCUAAAUAUACAAUUUGUUUUCAAGUUUUCUAAAAACCAAAAACCCUGCAACCAAAUGGCUCAAACCAAACCAUUGGAUUCUACUCAAAUUCAUAACUUACAAAAUUUUGUCCUCGAUGCUUUGGAAGUUAUCGAAUUCAAAUUAAUACGUUUCAAAGAAGACGUUGACGAUGAUUCCCUCAAAUUCUGUCCUCUUAUGGCGCAUCAAAUAUUUGGCGAAAGUGAAAGCAUCUUUGGCUAUGAGAAUCUCAAAGUUCAGAUUUUGUAUACAGCAGGACCUUUGCAAAUAUACAUUGGUAUUAAAUACAACAAGAAAGUUGAAGACAUUUCAAAUGGAGACAUUAAAGCAGACGACAUUGCUAGCACAAUAGCAUCAAAGCUCCCCGAGGGAUGCUAUUUUGUCAAUUUGGAUGAGUUUCUUAAAACCUUGGAUAAAGCAGAUAAAUUUCAACCUUUCGGCGAAAAAUUAUCAGAACACAAAAGCGUAGACAGCAAUGGAAAAGAGCGCUUCUUUGAGAUCUAUCAUUGUGACUACAAAACACCUUCUUUUUUGAAGUUCUUCGUAAGGCUGGAAACUUUUGUAUUAUGGUUUGUUGAUGCUGCCUCCUAUAUCGAUGUUGAUGACCCUCAAUGGAGUUAUUUUGUAUGCUAUGAAAAAUAUAAAAACCAAGAUGGCGUUUAUCAAUAUGCCGCCACAGGCUACACAACCGUCUACGAGUACUAUGCAUAUCCUCAAAAUAUUCGCCCAAGAAUAAGUCAAAUGUUGGUUCUUCCCCCGUUCCAAAAAUUGCGUAUAGGCACAAAUUUCAUUCAAACCAUCUACAAGUAUUACCAAGGGCAGAAAAGUGUUAUUGAUAUCACAGUUGAAGAUCCUUCGGAGGACUUUCAAAGAUUGAGAAAUUUCGUAGACUCACAAUUGUGCUUAGAAUUAGACAGUUUCAAAAAGGAUCUAGUAAGAAAAGGUUUCUCUAAGGAUAUGGUGAGGGAAGCAAGGGAGAAACUCAAAAUCAAUCCAAAACAGUGCCGUAAAGUGUAUGAAAUUUUGCGCUUAUAUUACACCAAUGUGUACGAUGUUGAAGAGUACAAAGUAUAUCGCUUAGAUGUUAAGAAACGGCUCAAUGCGGGCUACCAUAAGCAACUGAGUGAUAUAAAAAGAAUGGAAAAGGCAAAGCUAGAUACGCAAUGGUUGCGGGCUACAAUACCAACAAUGGAGGAUAGAAUCUUACAGUUGCAUCAAGAAUUUACAAUUGUUGAAAAUGGGUACAAACAUGUUGUUGAAAAGCUAAAAGCUUAGAGUAAAUAUUAAAGCCAUUAAAACAUAUUUUGAUUUUAUUUUACUUUUGCGUCUUAAGCUGUGUACAUAAUAAAAGCAUACUAAUUGUGCGAGA